AUGGCGCUGGCGGCGCUGGCGCUGACGGCGGGCAGCGGCGCGAUCCCGGGCGCCGGGCUGCUGCAGCUGGGGCGGGGCAUCCUGGACGGCGGGGGCGCGCUGGACGCAGCGGGCGCCCUGCUGAACGUGCGGCUGCUGCGUUCCCCGGCGGCGGCCUCGCUGGAGGCGACGAGCUGCGGCCAGGGCCUCCUCGCGCUGCCCGGCGCGGGGGGCCUCGCUGGGGACGGCGAGGGCGAACCAUGCAUGCCGGCCCUGGCCUUCGGGACCGCGGGGCUGGGCGAGGGCACCGCCGAGGCGGUGGCCGCGGCUUUGGAGGCAGGGUUCCGGGCCUUCGACACGGCCACGCACCCCGCGGCCGGGGAGGGGUUCGGCUACGACCAGGGCGCCCUGGGCGCCGCGCUGUCGGCCGCGUGGACUCAGCGGCCGCGCCAGGAGAUCUUCCUCGCCUCGAAGGUGCACCCCGCGGACUUCGGCUACCAGGGGGCGUUGCAGGCGGUGGAGAGGGCCGUGGAGGAGCUGGGGCCAGCCGCGGCCGGGCACCUGGACCUGGUGCUGCUGCACUGGCCGACGUGCGAAGACGAAUUCUGCCCGCGUGGCGGCAGGCUCCGGCCCCUCGGCGACUUCCUGGAUGCCUGGCGCGGGCUCGAGGAGGCGCGCUCGCGCGGGCUCGUGCGUAGCCUCGGCGUGUCAAACUUCGACGCGGAGCAGCUGGGCUCGUUGCUGCGGGACGCGCGCGUAAAGCCCUCUGUGGCGGGCCUGUGGGCCGACAUCUUCCACCCCGUGCCCCGCGCCAUGCGGCGCCUGUGCAGGGAGCAGGGGGUGCGGCUGCAGGUGUUCGGCACGCUGGGCUACGAGUGGUCGCAGGCUCGCGGCAGGCGCGGCUGGCGCGCCCCGCGCUCGAGCCCCCUGCUGGACCACCCGGAGGUGCGCCGCAUCGCCCGGGCGCGGGGCCUCACGGUCUCAGAGGUGUGCCUCAAGUUCUUCCUGCAGCAGGGCAUCGCCGUGGUUGCCACCUCGCGGCAGCCCGCGCGCGCCUUCGCGGCUGGCGACCUCCGUAGCGGGCGGCGCCUCUCGGGCGAGGACCUGGAGGCGCUGCGCGACCUCGAGGGCUUCCUGGGCUCGAGCCUGCGGCCGCUCUACAGCCCCGACCACUACGCCGGCAUGCUCGGCUUCGACACGCAGGCGAUGGCCCCGCCGCCGGGCGCGGCGUCCAGCGCGGCGGCCUGGAGCUGCGAGGAGGCGCGGCCGGCGGGUUCCGCGGCGACGGGGUCGCACUCCUCCGCGGCCUGCUGCCGGGGGCGGCGCUGGAGUCGGGCCGGCGGGCCGCCAGGAGGCUGCUGUGGGAGAACGGGGGCGGCGCAGACAUCGAGGACCAGACCCCGAGUCAUUCCCGGAGGCGCUGCGUGA